AUGGCGGCGAUCAAAUGCGCGGUGGUGUUUAUGCUGGCAUGCCUGGUUGCGGGAGCAGCGGCCAGGCCCGUAAGGGAGAGCAGCAACUACGGCCGCCGCCUCCUUGGCGACAUCUUUGCGUCUGGCAAAGGCGACCUGUUCCCCUUCCUGUUUGGAAAGGGACCCUUUUCCGCGCCUGCUGGCCCGUCUGCGCCCAACAGUGCCUUCGCCCCGCCGUUCUUCACCACCCCCAUCGCACACCACCCCUUUGGACUCGACCCCUUCACAAUCCCGCUGCCCCCCUUCGGCGGUAGCCAGCCCCCGGCCGGCCCCGGGGCGGCCCCGGCGCCGGUCCAGUGCAGCGACCCCAUUCAGGAUGAGAUUGAUGCCAAGCUGCACUCCUCCAACCCCAAGAUCCAGCUGCUGGGCAAGGGCAAGCGCCAGGCCCCGCGCGAGCGCGGCCAGAGGAGCGAGCGGAGGGCGCGCGCUCGGCGGGCCGGGGAGCGGCCGACAGGGUGA